AUGCCGGAGGGACAGACAGCCGUGGACGUUCAGGAGCCCCUGAUUCCAGCCGCUGCAACUCCCCCUGUUGCGGCAACCCCACCAGCUGCCGGAGGCGCACCUGCUGCUUCAGCUGACGCACCUGCAGAUGGGCCAGCAAAGAAAGGCAAAUCGUGGGAUAUUGGGACAAUCGCAGAUGCCAUCUACAAAUCGGCAUCUGUUCUGGGCUUGGCUGCGCUGCUUGGAUUCAUCAUUGGCUUCUUUCUGUUUAAGCACUGGUGGAAGUUCUUGAUUGCUGUGGUGGUUAUUUUUGUCAUCAUCCAAGGCCUCGCCUGGUUUGGUAUCAUCCAUCUGCACAUGUCAGACGUCAAAAACGCUGCUGGUAGACUUGUUGGCGAAGAAGGAGGGGUCCGUGCAGGCCUCAAGUCCCUGGGUGCCAAAAUUAUGCAGAAUCUUAUCCCCACCAUCAUCGGCUUCAUUCUUGGGUUCAUUGUUGGUAGAACACAUGAGUUCUGA